AUGUCGUCAAGUGCACCUACAAACCUCCGCAAGGUCGUCAUCGAGGGUCUGCAAAAGAUCAGGGAUGUCGAGCAAAAUGAAUGGACUGCCACCCUAGACCAAGACUCCGGGUUGUACACCGUCUCUAUGACCUUGAAUGAAGACGAGGUGAUAUGGCAUGGGCUUUGGAACAAAAUCGAAGAGUUCGGCUUUGCGGUGCCUAAAAUACUGGUGAAUGGUGGUAUCGAGCACCAAAAAGAGAUGCCGGAAUUUCUGGUGAAAGAACACGACGAAGUCCUUGUGGUAGCAGACGAUCAAGCCUCCACUCCCACCACAAUAAAGAUCAGUGAAACGCUAAUAUCACACGCAAAUUCGCACCACGUUCCACCUCUUGAAUUCAGAAUCGAUGAACUGAGUACUUCUCGGCGUGAGGUACGAGACAAUCGUGGGUUUUGCGUAACGUUUGAGCGAACUGUACGCAUACCCGACGAUAACAAAUUACACCACCUGCCAUCUUCAUUGGGACGGUAUGAGCUCUUCAGCGUAGACGCCUACUCGAAACGCCUCCCACAAAAUGUCAAGGAAGCAGGUGGUGUCUUCUUCUCAAUGUGGCAGAGAGAAGCCAUGUGGCUCAACUUCCAGCAAGGCUCUCAUAAGUAUGCAGUACGGGUCUUCGUCGGCCAUGUGAAUGCCAUAACUGGGCAGGAAAUGCAAACGGGGCUGGAUACGAAAGAUGAGAGCAAUUUGCAGGACUACGUCGUCAUACCUGGACAGAAAUGGCUGGAUGGUAUUUGUGUAGCUCCUGGUAUUGUUCGCCAGUUCGUUGCCAUGCCAUUGGGUUCUGGAUACACUGUCGAAGGUCAGAAAACUUCAGAAGAAAAGCAUGGAGGACUACAGCUCGAAGUCACGCCUGAAAUGAUGCAAGGCAAACAAUUGUGGUCGUACGCAAAACAACAAUACAUCACAUUCAAAGGCGAUAACAAAUACCGAAACGAUGGACUGAAAGAGUUCUACACCCCUCGUGAACUCGGCUGCAAGAUCGGUGACAUUCUCAGAUCAUAUCCAAAUGAUCCAACCUACCAAACACGUUUCCAAAUUCGAGACUUGGUCACGUCAGAGGUCGAGGAAAUGGGCGAGAAUAAGCUUCCUCAAGAUUUUGAUUCAUCUUCGAUGCCGCUUGUCGAACUCAAAGCUGAUGGCGGUAUCAUGCCUAUGUAUCCACCAACGCUAGCGUUGAGGUGCUCUCCGGGCACACAGGCACGCGAUUCAACUUUGUUCCAAUCAUUCAGUUCAACAUUGGGAUUGACCAAUGAAACUGGAUUGGCCAAUGGUCCUCGUUCAUCCCUUAGUCCGCCUUUAACCCUUCCUGUUAUGAGGCGCCAGAGUCAAAGUUCCAGAUUAUCUAGUUGCCAAUCUGACGUAGAUGCAGCCCAAGGCAUCACAAUGCAUGUUAAGACCGAGAGUGAAGGCAGAAGAGGAUUGAUGGAGCUUACCGAAACCCAAGUCAAAAACAUCAAGACCAUGGGCUUAGCUGCCGGAGGGAAACUAAUCCAAGACAUAUACAAAGACAGAAAUACCCCUACAACAUGGAACCAUGCCGCAGCGCGCAUUCUCCACGUGCACAUUCUUGAUCCCGAGAGCUGCGAAAAGGUCACACAUAUUGUUCCUCAGCCUCCACCUAUGGACGUGAAGAGGUACGCCAAGACUGGCGGUCAGUUCUGGGUCGUUGAAGAGAAAGUCGAUGAGCGACUUGAUGGCGGAGAUUUCGACAGCGUCAAGAGUGUCAGCCAGAUGGACAAACAUGUGGGUAUAACCACGGAACCGGAAUUCAAUCCGACAAGACCCAAAAUGUGUACGACGUGUGAGAUUCGACUGUGUGAUUGCAUCGUACGCCCCUGCAAUCACCAAUUUUGCAAUAUAUGCAUCAAAGCAAUUGAGGAAGGCAGCGCCACCGAACCUGAUUCCCAACAAACAACGCCCUGGAAAUGCCCCACUUGCAGCACCCCCAUCUCCCGUGUUGCCGGUUUCUCCGCACCUAUGAAUCUACCCGGCGAGGAGCCCAUGCUCCGCACCAAAGUCCCCGUGAACGUGCUCAAGGUUGAAGACGGGAGAGCGAGAUUUACGAGCGUGCAGAUGUCCAGGGUUUAA